UAAAAAUUAAGUUUGACAUUGUCAUAAUAUUGAUAUCGGAUCCUGAAUAAAAAUUUAUAUACAAAAAUGCAGUCUAGUUGAUUUCUAUAAGUUUUCCCAUUGCAUUCGGUUAACCUCAUACUUUCAGUUACUUAAUGUAGCCAUAUAAAACACCCGGGUUUUCAACUCGGCAAACGCGUUCACAUUGUGAUUAAUUAAUUUUUGAGGUAUAACUAUAGUAUUCAGUUUUUUGUUUUGUUCAAAAGAUGUCGUCUACUGCUGAACCGAAAUUAUCUAAAUUAGACCAUCGGCUACAGGCUGCCAUCAGUGGACGACGUUUUUAUGAAGCUCAUCAGUUAUACAAAACAAUACACUUCCGUUGUAUUAUGCGAAAAAACUAUCAAGAAGCGCUAAAAUAUCUUAAAUCUGGUUCUGAAUUUCUACUCGAUAAUGAACAAUGGGAAAGUGGGACAGAAUUAGCCUGCCUUGUCCUAGAUGUAUACAGUCAGAGUGGAUCACUUCUAACUGAAUCACAUUUAGCCGAAGUGUGUGAACUAUUAAUCCGAAUGACACCUGGUGAAGAAAGAACCCGAUUUAUCAGUAAAGCACUACAAUUACUUCAAAAACAAAAAGAUCUCUUGGCUAGUUUCAAUGGUUAUUUAGCUCGUGUCUUAUGGCAAGAAGGAUCAUUUAGUGAGGCAAGACUACGCAUUAUGCUAUCAUCGAAUGGUUAUGCAGCUGGUAGUUUUCUUGUCGCAUUACACCAACGCUAUGGAUUACGAUCAGAGAUUGAUUUGUUUAUUGCACAAGCUGUUCUCCAAUUUCUUUGCAUGAAACAGACCACUGUAGCGAUUAUUACAUUUUACACCUAUACAAGAGGACAUCCUCGAUUAGAGCCGGGACCACCGUUUACACACUUUCCAUUACUUAAUUUUCUAUGGUUUCUUAUGUUAGCCAUUGAAAAGAAGUGUAGUCUAGCGGUGUUUUCUGUCCUGUGUGAAAAAUACAGUCCACAGUUGAAUAGAGAUUCAUCGUAUGUAAAGUAUUUAGAUAAAAUUGGUCAAUUAUACUUUGGUGUAAAACCGCCAACCAAUGAAAUGAAUAAUUUUUUCUCACGAAUUAUGCAAAUGUUUAAUGAUGGUGGUGAUAAACUCGACGAUUCAAUGCUAAAUGAAGGGUCAAGUUGUUAUGCUGCAUUAAAUAAUAUCAAUGAUGUAAAUUCAUCACCGGAUGAAAUGUGUUUUGAAGAUGUGGAUUAAGCACCUCUCUUCUCUGUCUCUAUUUAUUCCUAUCUAGUUAAUACACAGUGCCUUUCAGUUAACAAUGGAUAACAUAUAUAUAUGAAACAACAUCUCGUUUCCUUUCUUUUUUGUAUAACUGGAUGAAGUGAUUACACACAACUCGACCUUCUCCUAUAUGCCUACUUUCUUUAUUGGCGAUAAUAGACGCGCGGCGAGAGUGGCCGGAGGAGGUCAACUUGUCUUGUUUUAAGGUUGUGUUUCUGUAAACUGACCGAUACACGAACACCCUGAGGGUUUACUCUCUUCUUCUUCUUCUUGUUCUUAUUCUAAUGGGUAUUUAAUACAUCAAAAAACCCUAGUCUUUGUGGUCAAUUCUAUUCUUUUCUUCAAUCCCUCUUGCCUCUUAUUCUGCUUUCUUCUUGUCUUGUAUUGUCUUGUUUUUCUGUCAUAUUUCUCUUUCGAAAAACAAAAUGCACAAAAUGUUUUCUUGUCUACUAUUUUAAAUAAAUUGAAUUGUGUACAGAUUUUGUAUUAUGGUUUUAAAUUUUGUUUGUUUGUUUGUGAUUGUAUGUGUUUGUGCAUGUGUGUGAUGCAACUGUUGUAUACAAUUUUUCUAUUGAGUAUUAUCAACGUGUCGAACAGUGUUAGCUGACACUUAUGGUUGGGUUGGGAAAGGAGAUAAGGCCGGUCAGACCAGAUCAAUGUUCUGGACUGUUGGUUUGAGCCAGCUGC